AUGGUCGAAACUGCCGGGACAACAGGGGUGGAUAAAACGGAAGAUGACGACGGUGCUACAGACGACGAGAAUGGCGAUGAUGAUGGCGAUGACGAUGCAUUUGACGACGAUGUCAUGAAGAACACUAAGCGGCAAGGUGGAAGCAACAGCACCAGCGCUGAUUCCGUGUUCAGAGGCAAAGGAAGCAAAGAAUCUAAAUAUAGCGGCCCAUCAAAGAAGAGUAAGAAAAUGUCUUCCAAGGAUGACAACAGGCUCAAGGCGUCAAAGAGAGGCUCUGCACCAACCAAUACCCCGGGAAGUCCUACCACAGAAACUCCAACACAUUCUCCAGACGAUUCUGCAGCUAGUCCAGCAGAUGGCCUCCCAGAUGAUUCUCCAACCGUCAGUCCGGAGGGUUCUUCCCCAACAACUGCUUCUACAGAGGCUCCCGCUAAUUCCCCUAGCACUUCGACAGAGGCUCCCGCUAGUUCCCCAAGCAAUCCGACAGAGGCUCCUGGUGGUAACGAUGGUGAUGCUCCUGUAGCCAGUCCCGAUGGUGACGAUGGUACCAAUGGUACCGAUGAUGACGCAGCGAAUGAUCAAACAGAUGGAGCUAGCACUCAGUCGGUGGAGGUCCCAGCUGAUACAUUCCGACUAUUCUACACUCUCGCCGAGUCUAGACUUCCUUCUACCGAAGAAUUCCAAGAGCUGGCACAAAUCACAAGCACUUACUUGGAAGAAUAUAUGCGUGGUGCCUUUGGAGACGGUCUCGAGAUCUUUUCAACCUUCAUGAUUUUCCAAGAGUUCCGAAUUGAUCAACCUGCCCGAUGCGACUACCGAUCCGUUGGAACUUUCAAGGGAGAUUUUGAUGAUAUUCCCAGCACUGCCGAUCUCAACAACAUGAUUGCUUCAGCAUUCUCAGGCCCCAACUUGCAGGGAUACUUGGCUCGAUUAGGCAGCCUUCCUGGUGGCAAUGUAUUCCAAACUACAACUGAAGUUGGACAAGAAGCAGAAGCUCAGUCUGAAAGCGAUAGCUCAUCAUCCGGAGCGGCAGCAGCCGCUGGAGCUGGUGCACUUAUACUGCUGGCAGGAGCCGCACACGUUGCUAGACGAAAGCAGAAGAAGCAACAAGGAGAAAGUGAUGCCGAUGAUGCGGACAAGCUCAAUGGUGAAGGAUCUGAUGCAGGCACCAUUGGAGCUGAAGGCGAUGAAUCUACGGCGGAUGCAUCGCAUUGA